UCAAAAGAGCACACUGUAUAUAUGCGACUAUCUCAUCACACUCCCUUUCCUCGUACCAUAAACAAAGAUAUUAUAUUCGACGUGUAGCCUAUGCAACUUUCCAUUAUGUGCGAUCGCGACUAGAGGAAUAUUAUUGUAGGAAAAAAACAACAACAACUUUUCUUAAGUUCAUAACUGUACAGAAGAACUGUCAGAAUCUCGUCACAAAAAUUAUUUAACCUAACAAACAUGGAUGAUGAUGAACAUUAUCAAAGUGGUUAUGAUGAUCAUUAUCAAAGUGGUUCUUUCCCAAAAGAUUUUGGUUAUGCACCAUUUGAUGGAGAAACGGAAGGAUCUAUGGAUCCAUUAGCUGGAGAACAGAAGCCUAGAAUACUUCUAAUGGGUCUUAGACGCAGUGGCAAAUCUUCAAUACAGAAAGUGGUUUUCCAUAAGAUGUCACCAAACGAGACUCUAUUUUUAGAAAGUACAAACAAAAUAAUUAAAGAUGACAUUAGUAACUCGAGCUUUGUGCAAUUUCAAAUAUGGGACUUUCCUGGUCAAAUUGAUUUCUUUGACCCCACUUUUGACAGUGAUAUGAUAUUUGGUGGUUGUGGAGCAUUGGUUUUUGUGAUAGAUGCGCAGGAUGAUUACAUGGAAGCGCUUAAUAAGCUUCAUGUAACAGUUACGAAAGCUUAUAAAGUUAAUCAGGCAAUUAAAUUUGAAGUUUUUAUUCAUAAGGUGGAUGGACUGUCGGAUGACUGUAAAAUGGAAACACAGAGAGAUAUACAUACAAGAGCCAAUGAUGACUUAGCUGACUCUGGAUGUGAUCAAAUACACUUGAGUUUUCAUUUGACCUCAAUAUAUGAUCACAGUAUAUUCGAAGCAUUUAGUAAAGUGGUACAGAAGCUGAUACCACAGUUGCCUACUUUAGAAAAUUUACUCAAUAUACUCAUAUCGAACUCCGGGAUUGAGAAAGCAUUUUUAUUCGAUGUUGUCUCAAAAAUCUAUAUUGCGACUGACAGCUCGCCUGUCGAUAUGCAGAGUUAUGAACUAUGUUGUGAUAUGAUCGAUGUUGUUAUUGAUGUUUCCUGCAUAUAUGGAUUGAGAGAAGAUUUGGAAGCUGCCGCGUUCGACAACCAAAGUUCCAGUUUAAUCAAAUUAAAUAAUGGCACAAUCUUGUAUUUGCGUGAAGUGAACAAGUUUUUAGCAUUGGUCUGCAUCUUACGAGAGGAUAACUUCGAUAGACAAGGAGUGAUUGACUAUAACUUUCUUUGUUUUCGCAAGGCAAUACAGCAAGUAUUUGAAGUAAGAAACAAAGCAUUAGCCGCGACAAGUGCGAACAAUCAUUCAUCAUCUCCCGUUAGCACAAAUGAAACACCGAACAACGCGACAGUCUCGCAGAGUGGAACUAUUGGACAAAACGGUACCGUCGUAAUUGCGCAGAGUUAAUUCUUACAGUUAUAUAUAGUAUGUGUCAUAAUUAUAAUACAAGAUUUAUUCUUAAUUGUACUAUUACUUGAAAUUUCUUAUUAUUAUUUGAAAUUUCUUUUUUUUUUUUUUUAUCUAUAAAUAUGUUUCUCCGAUACACACAUUUACACUAUUACUUUUUUGUAAUAUAUAUUAUUAAAUGCGCGAAAAAAAAAUAUUUUUCAUACCAAGAAUAGUAAUUUAAUAAGUUAUCGUAACGUGUUACGUGUGGCGACGCAUUACGCAAAAUUGUAACUCUAUAUUUUUAUCGAAUCUUAAAUUGCUCAUGUAAUGAAAAGUUUUAUAAUUAAUACUUUUUGUUAAAUAGAAAAUGUAAAUAUACUGUAUGUUACACCAA